AUGCCCGAAACCGAAGAGGAUUCCUCCUUCCUUCAAACAAUUGAGCAGUAUCAGCAAGGACAAAGUUCGCUUCGGACGUGUGAAGCGAUACCCCGCCAUAGUUUCAAAGAUGAGCCUGUUGGCGACGAUGACUCACCUGCCAAUGGCUGUAGUAACGGCAGCAACAUCAACAGCACCACCGUCGCGAAUGAUGAUAUCAUGAACACUCCUGCGCUUUCGCCUCCCUCAUCGCCCAAGCUUGGCAUUUGUCCCGACAAAGGCUUAAAUCGUGAUGAGGACGACGAUGACGAUGAAGAAGAAGAUACUGACUCUGGAAUAUUUCGCUAUGAGGAACACCUUCGACCCCAUCAUCAACAUCACCACAAGCAUCAUCAAGGCGAUCAACAACCGUCGGAGUCAAUCGUAGGGAGCUACAAGAUUAGGGCCGUUGACCAGGAACAGCUAGAUCACGACAAAGAAAGCAUCAACUAUUUUUAUCGUGAUUUUGAUGCAGACAACGACAAUAUUAUUAGCAAGAACAACGAAUUGGAACAGUCAACAACAACAAACAGCAACAGAAUCACCGUCCCAUUAUCAUCAUCAUCAUCAGUGUCUUGUGGUGAUUGCGGUAAAGAGGACAAUAAUAGCAAUAACAAUAAACGCCAAAAACAACAAGAGCAGUCAAUUUCAACAGCAGCAGGAACAACAAACCCUUUUGAUUUAACUGCAUUUGCUCACCAGCUGUACGAAAACCGGCUUUCUGUUGUUCACUCACGGGAAAGUAAACUGGUGCUGACUGAACAAGACGAGCUCGAGUUUGCCAAACUGAUGGAGAUUCGACGGAAAAGUCUGGCAGCAGCACGGCAUCAACAACGGCAAGAACAGCAUGAAAAUCAGCAGCAGAAAGCGGAAACAGAGGAAGAGGGGUCAGCAACCAUCAUGGCUGAGGAAGAAUACGCAUGUGAGAAGAUCGAAUGGAAUGAACCGAUUGAUUUCUUACGCAAGGAUCAAGAACAAGCAUUUCCUUCCAAUCUGAUCAUCGCUGCUAGUACUACUGCCACUAAUACUAGUACGAAUCAUGACGAUGGUGCAACAUUGAUAGAAUCAUCUCAAGCCACAGCUCCUCGUUUCUCUUCCUCUUCUUCUCCUACAACCGUACCUAGCACACCUGUGUCUCCCAAACCUACUCGAUCAAGGGGCUUUUCUCUGCAAAAGUUGCGGAAUCCAAUCGAAAAUAGCGCCUCCUGGCUACCCAAGAAGAAACUCUCACGCUUGUCUGACAAUUCCGUAAAAAGCAACAUAUCCUCAACAUCUGCUUCAUCCUUCUUGUCGUCGGCGUCAUCAUCCAAUACAACAGCAACAACAACAACUGAAGCAGCAGCGGCAGCGAACCACCAGCAGCAGCAGCAGCAAGUCAAGCAAUCGACGGUAUACAAUGACUCGGACAAGAUCUUGGUUGAAGAGGAAGAAGAUAAUACCGGGCUGAAUGCCGAUAAAAAAGCUGUGGAAGCUGAGGAUGAAGGACAAGAACAAAAGAGUCAUCACAGCGGUAGCGAGAGUAGUGGCAGUCGCAAGUCGUCCAGUGCUAGCCGAAGCUCCCGGUUCAAGGAAUUGACGGAUUUUGAUGUAGGCCAGGUUGCUACGGACCUUGUUGCCAAGGAACCAGCACUAACACUCAGCAACAACAACAACCAGAAUGCUCCUAGUAGCAAUCAAAAGCAACAAAAGCAGCACCAGAAACACCAGGAGUCCAGCAGUAAUCAACCCACAGGAACAAGUCGGUCCAAGUCGCUCAAUCUGUUUGGCACUCUCCGCAAUCGUGCUCGAUCGCAAUCAACGCCAUCCAUCAAGGGCCUAAUGCGCAAUUUGAGCACAGUUAGUGUGAUUCCCCAGCGCAGUAAUACGCAACCACAGCUGAGUCAACAGUUACAAGAAGAGCAGCAGCAACAAGUAAAAAAGAAACGAUCACAUAGCGCGUUAUCACCUGCUGCCAUUGCAGUUCUCAAACACAACGCAGAGAGUAAAAAGGCUGGCGCUGCUGCUGCAAGCGAUCAAGGUGACAAGUUACAGAUAGCAACGCCCACGGCUGAAAACCACAACCAAAGCAAAGGAAAGCGCAUGCUGUCACAACUACUAAGUACUGCUCGGAUAUCACGUCGUCAAGUACCAAAAAAAGUCAACAUGGAAGAAGACGCCGCACCAACACGAGCACAGAUUGUACGACGCACUAUAAUUUAUGUCAAACCUGACUCGGAGAAUUUCUUGAAAAACAUCGAAAAUGCACCACCCCCAGUGCCAUCGAUCCCUUCAGGGCCAAAUGAAGUGCAACAACAACAAGAACAGCGUCAGCGGACACGAUCAUCGACACCUGAUAGUGAUGAAGAUGUCGCAUCUCGACAGACAGCUACCAUGAUCACUCGCCAAACAUCAGUAAAACGACAGAUCUCGAAGCGACGUAAUAAUACCAGCAACAAUGAUGCUAAUGAACAAAAAGAAAAGCAGCAAGAAGAACAACAGCAACGACCGACGGCGCAGCAAGAGCUCGAAGGUGUUGAAGUGCGCGAGAUGAGUGAUGGCUCAGUUGUAUGGGGUGUCGUCAAGAAACAGGGCAAGCGCAAAAGCUUUUUUGCUGCGUCAGACAAUGUCUACGAAAGCAAGUUUGAAAUCGAUGAUCCACAAGCGCUACACCACAAGGAAGAAGAGGAGGACGAAGACCAAAUUGAAGAACGUGUCUUGGCCUUGAUGGGAUUGCGACCAGACUUGCUCAAAAACUAUCCUGCCAACAAUGACAAAUUACCACCUCCACCAAUCCCAAAACGAUCUCCUCAUCGCGUACAACAACAACAACAACAGCAUCAUCAUCAUCGUAGUGAGGCAACGCAUAUCUCUUCAUAUUCCAAUAGAAGAGACUCUUCCACAAUCGAUAUCUACUAUGCUCAUGGUGCUACUCUGCCAAACUUACUGCAAAUGAUUUCAGAUCCUGCCGAUGAAGAGUUACCUCGUGAAAAACCAACUGUUGAAGAACAGCUUGAUGAAGUAAUGCGAUCGCUGGGGUAUACUGACGGCCAAACAUUGUAA